ACUGAUGUACGGAUGUUGCCGGAAAGAUUCAGACUGUGUACAGACAUUGCUCAGCCAAAGUAUAAAUAAUAUCUGAUGUCACAAAUUGUUGAGUUAAUUUUGGCAAUGUCGAGGUCAUUUUGACGAUAUAUUCAUGAUAUUCUAUUCUGAACAACAAAUGAUAUUUUCUGAAGAAUCUUUCAAGGUUCUUUGAAGAAUGGUACUCGGUAUUGAAAAUGGCUGAAUAAAAGAAGUAAAAGAAAAUUAUCGACCAGGAUUGCGUCGAAGCGUUAAAUUUCCUUUACCUCUCGCGUCCACGUGGGCGACGACAAUGGCCUAUUUCAACGACAGAAAUACCCUAACGCGAUGUGACAGCGAGUGCCCUCGAAUUGGACGACUGUUAGAGCCGUUCUGCGCGAUAAAUUGUUGCCAAUGAUCGAUAUCAUCCAUAGGAUCAAUAUUUGCUUCGACGAGUAAAUCAAAUACAGAUAAUUUUCCAGUGUUCCAUUUCAGACCUCUGUAAAUAAUUGCGAUAAAUUUCCUCUUGCUUAACGUUUCAUAUUUUAUCAAUUUCUAUAUAUUCAUUUCAUUUUGGCAAAUGGGUAUCCAAAUUUAAAAAAGGAAAUAGAUUUUAGCAGAGAUGAAACAAAAGGGUUACCGGAAAUCUAGGUCAGUGGUUCGCACAAGAAACUUGCGUUACCCAAGUUUUUGUUUUCCUUCGUUGUAUCUUGGUGAUCUGAAUCAAGGGUACACGUGGCAGGUUUCGGCUUAGGGCAUUAAGGGGUUGAUUCAUCGAGAGAUCAAUACAGCGUCGAGCAACCCUCUUCCACCCUUCGCACCCUUUAACAAACCCGAAAUUCUUCAACUUGAAUCGUUGAACCGGUUUCGCGAAAGCGGAACCGUGUUUUUCCACUUCGAUACACUCGCGAUUAAAUGGCCGUUUUUUAAACGACCGGUCGAAGUUCCAUCUCGGAUGCUUGUGAAAUUCGUGAGAAACAUUGCUGAUAAACUCCACUUUUUCAAUAAUUAGUAACGAUUAACCGAUCGAUCGGGUCACCGUUCAAAUGGAAAAGAAUUAUUUUCAAGCAUUGUAUGCACUUCACUCUAGCAAAGAGUUAACUCAUGCCAGGUUAAUGGGUUAAUUGGCUGAUGAAUAAAUAAAUCAAAUUCCUAAGAGACGAGCUGCUGUACCAGCUUCGAAGAAACUCGGAAGUGUUAAAUACUUGGACGCUGCUUUCGGAAGUGCCUUAGAAUUGGAACGAGCGCAGACACGCGAUUACAGCUUCAUUCAUGACAGCCAUUACAUGUACACCAGGGAUCAGGAUCAAGCGACGAACGCGGAGGAUGUUCUCUUCGAUAUGUUUAAAAACGAAGAAACCGGUCUCCUACCGGUUGGCAAGUUUUUAGCUGCAUUGAGGACGACCGGCUUACGAAACGACGACCCGAGACUUCAAGAAUUCACGGACAAUCUGCGAAAGGAACACUUGAAGAGCGGGGGACACGAGGGGGUUUCGCACGAGACCCAAAAAUUGAGCAGAGAACAAUUUAGAAGAAUCAUAAGCCCGAAUAUAGUGCUGAUUUCAAGAGCGUUCAGGCAUCAGUUCAUCAUCCCUGACUGGUCAGGUUUCACCAAGCACAUAGAGGACUUCUAUUGGAAAUGCAAGUCCAACUCGGAGGGCAAGGUCGCCUCUUACAUACCACAACUGGCGAGAAUGAAUCCGGAUUACUGGGGCGUUUCGGUGUGCACGAUCGAUGGCCAGAGGUUCAGCAUCGGCGACACCUCGAUCCCGUUCACCUUGCAGAGUUGCAGCAAACCAUUAACUUACGCCAUAGCUCUGGACAGGCUGGGACAGGAAGUCGUACAUCAGUACGUCGGCCAGGAACCAUCCGGGAGAAAUUUCAACGAGCUGGUGCUCGAUUACAACAAAAAGCCUCAUAAUCCGAUGAUCAAUGCGGGAGCAAUCUUAGUCUGUUCCCUCUUGAAAUCGUUGAUCAAGCCUGAGAUGACCCUCGCGGAGAAAUUCGACUUCACGAUGAAUUAUUUCAAGAGAUUAGCAGGCGGAGAGAAUCUCGGCUUCAACAACGCCGUUUUCUUGUCCGAACGAGAAGCUGCGGACAGGAAUUACGCUCUUGGUUUCUAUAUGAGGGAGCACGAUUGUUAUCCUGAUAAGUCCAAUCUCCGAGAAAUAAUGGAUUUUUAUUUCCAGUGCUGUUCCAUGGAGGCAAAUUGUGACACAAUGGCGGUGAUGGCAGCUACUUUGGCUAAUGGUGGCAUAUGUCCCAUCACAGAAGAGAAGGUUUUAAAGCCUGACAGCGUUAGAGAUGUGCUGAGUCUGAUGCACAGUUGUGGAAUGUACGAUUACAGUGGCCAGUUUGCGUUUAAGGUUGGCAUUCCGGCGAAGUCUGGCGUAUCAGGGAGCCUGCUGGUAGUCAUUCCAAACGUGAUGGGCAUUUGCACUUGGUCGCCACCGUUGGAUCCUCUCGGUAAUUCAUGUCGAGGAGUGCAAUUCUGCGAGGAACUCGUGACGGAGUUCAAUUUCCACAGCACCUACUAUGAUCACAGGUACGAUAACUUGAAGCACGCGACGAAUAAAAAGGACCCGAGGAGGCACAAGUACGAGACCAAAGGCUUGUCUAUCGUUAAUCUAUUGUUCAGUGCCGCAAGCGGGGACGUGACUGCGAUGAGGAGACAUCGAUUGAGCGGAAUGGACAUGACACUGUCAGACUACGAUGGCAGGACAGCUUUGCAUUUGGCAGCCAGUGAAGGACACCUGGACUGUGUCGAGUUUCUGCUCGAACAGUGCGGGGUGCCAGACGAACCCAAGGACAGGUGGGGAAAACGACCGAUCGACGAAGCAGAAUCUUUCGGACACAUGCAAGUGGUCGAGUACCUGAACAACUAUGCGCUGGCUCGGAAAACGGAAACGGAGAACGAAGAGAACGAAGUUAAGGAAGAAAAUACGGAUUCGCGGGAAGUUGUGGAAACAGCGGGUCGUACUCCUCUACCUUAAAGAAAUCUUUAGAUAGGAUAAUUUUCUUCGUGAAAUUACGGACUCAAAAGGAUACCUGAUUUAGACGGUCCUGCAUGAACUGCACAAAUUACUUUAUGUCGGGGGCCAUAAAGGGCCUACACGAAGGUCCUGUACUGUAUACCUGGUAGUAUACAGAGCGGUUGGAUUGCAGUUUUCCGGGUAAUUGAUCUCGACUAUUUUAUCGGAUAAAUCAAAGUCGGAGAAGACGAUAGGAAGUGUCCUGAGGUCGAUAUCACGUGGCGUUACAAAGUUAUGGCCAUUUUAAAAAUCACAAUUUUUCCAAAAUUUUCCGAUAAUUUCGCCAUAAUAACUUUUGCACAGCUGACUCGUAUUAGAGUUUUUCAUUUCGAAAAUAGUAUGAUUCACGGAAACGCGUGUCAUCCGACUGAUUAUCGAACGGGUUAAAGUUUGUACCGUGUAAUCCGUGCAGGAGGAGCCUAGCUGGCUUCGUGCGGGCCCUUUAUGGCCCCGCCAUAAAUUGCCAUAAAGUAAUUUAUGCAGUUCGAGGCCCACCAUUUAGACGAAAGGAACUCGAUAUUGCAGUUGACGAAUUAUUUUCCUACGAUUUCAUUUAUUUUUACGAUUUAGUAGUUAAGUGGCAGUCUGGGACUCGCUGUAACCCACGAUAGAUGAUAACUUCGUUGAAUUUCUUGAACGGAUCUCAGGGAUGCGAUUCUUUUUCUUCGUUUUAUAGAUUAUAUGGUCGUUUUCAGUUUCGUAUUUGCCUUCUGAAAAACGACGGAUUGGGGUUACAGGGUUCUAGCGAGUAAUAUACUUUACAGUAUUAUUUGCGUGAUUUAAUUUGUACCUCAUACAUUAAGUAGAAUUUUUAAUUCGUCGAAAUGUAUUAAAAUUUUUCAAGCGUGGACAGCGUUCUUAUUCACUUAUGUGAUAUAUUCGUUCCUAUUUAUCUUGCGACGCGUAAAACUGUAUCGGUGUAAAGUGAAAAUAGAAGAGAAAUUUUUCACUUGAUUUACCGCAAAUUUUUCUUCUAAGUGGAUAUUAAUAAUUAAACAGGAAUCUCGAACGAUCACACGUUAGCUAUAUCUUACGUAACGUCGAUCCGUUUGCGAAUUGUGUUCGUGACUCGUUGUGUUUUGCGACCUUGUUCCAUUUAGACAUAAUCUCGUUCGAAAGCAUAUUCGUGUGAACAGGAAUUGUGAAUCUUUCGAUCCGAAAUGAUCUCGCGAAACGAAUGGAAAAUCAUCGAGAAAGAGCAACCUUAUUCUGUACAAAAUAUUCCUCUAUGAAUGCUUGGCCGAUAGGAUAAGUUUAUCGAGAAAAGUUACAAAUGUAUAGUCCGUGUCUCUUACCUGAUUCUUAGCCACCUAUUGCAACAUUUCAGCGAAAGUCAAUUAAUUAUUAAAAAUUCACGAUCCCUUGCCUUACAAUAUUGUAAACUUUGUUCACUUUCAAAAAUUAUAAGGCAGUGGAUUGAAUACUAAAUUUGCAAUGGGUGGUGUGUUACUAUUAUAUAAUAAUACAGAUGCAUAAUAAAAUAUUUUGCAAACGUUCAAAGACAAUAAUACGUUUACUAUAUGUGUAUACGUGAAUUCAUCGAUUCUUCGACCGAUUUAAGUUCAGGUAUUUAACAGGACAAUAAUUUUUCAUUAAUAGAACAAGUCAUUUUUAUUCUGUAUUUCCUGUUUCAAAGCAUAAGAACAUGCAAAAGUGGAACGAAAUGAUAGGUUUAUUAAAUUCUAAGUUAAUUAACGUAAGAGUUACUUCGAAGAGGAAUCGCUGCAAAUAUUAAUUGUAUACAUCUCCAUCCAUGUACCUAAGUUUCAUGUGAAAUAAAUAUUUAAAGUACAUUGAA